AUGAAGGGCGAUAUCCACAUCCCUGGAAUCCGCGAUCGAGGGUCCAAGCAGUACGAGGGCUUGAUGGCGGACGUGACGUUGGUCCACCCUUACAUUGGUAGCUCUGCCGACCUGACCAAGUGGGGUGAGGUCAACCUCGACGCCCUCCAUGGUCCACCCUUUCAUUGGAUCAAGCUAAACCUCCUGGCACACAGCGCACAGCGACAAGCUGCACAAUCACACACAAAACACAAGCCCGAAAAGAACCUGUCUGGUGCGAGGCGCAUGACGCCCUUGCGGGCGCAAGCACUUCUCGAGCCAGAGGACAGCUCCUCCUCGGACUUUGUCGAGUCGCCCGAGGAGGAGUCUUCGCCGGAGGUCUCCGACUCCGAUGGGGGAAACCCUUCGAGUGGCGCCGACGACCGGCGCGGAGCUGGCGAAGCGCCGUCUCCGUCCCUCACUGUGACGUCGGGUGCCUCCGGAGAGCUCGACACCACUGGGGUGCUUGCUGCUUGUCCGAGCGGCGCCUGCUUCCUCCCCGGCAUCGGUCGGGUCCCGCCGGUCCUUGGGCAUUGCUGCGACGAGAUGGAUUGCGGCGUCGCCGCCGUCACGGGCGGUGUUGGUCUCGGCUUCUGCUGA